AUGUCCUUCACAUCAUUUAUCAAACCAGAAUCUGAUCCAAAUAUUGUUGUCCCAACCAAACCAUUCAACUUAUCCCCCAGUAUAGUUGAAAGAUUUUCAUUAUCUGGUAAAGUCACCGUAAUCACUGGUGGUUCCGGUGCCAUUGGUAGUGCUAUUGCCGAAGGUUUUGCUCAAGCUGGUGGUGAUGUUGUUAUUUUAGAUUAUCUCAAUGAUCAAGGCUUAUGCAAGAGAUUACUGUCCCAAUAUAACAUAAAAUCCAAAUUCUAUCAACUUGACAUAACCAAUGCUGAUCAAGUCAAACAAGUCAUCGGAUUGAUUGAAGAAGAAUUCGGUACUAUUGAUGUAUUUGUCGCUAAUGCUGGUAUUGCAUGGUAUACUGGAUCAAUCUUGAAUGAAGAUUCAACCGUAGAGAAUUGGAAACGGGUUUAUGAUGUUAAUGUUCAUGGUGUUUUCUAUUGCGCCAAAUAUGCCGGAGAAAUCUUUAAGAAGAAGGGAAAAGGGUCAUUUAUUAUUACUGCUUCAAUUUCAGCUCAUAUUAAUAAUGUCCCCAAUUAUCAAACUUGUUAUAAUUCAGCCAAGGCGGCUGUCAUGCAUAUGGCCAAGGGGUUAGCGGUUGAAUUUGCUGGAUUUGCUAGGGUUAAUUCUGUUUCUCCAGGAUAUACUAAUACCUUGUUGUCACAACCUAUUCCAAGAGAACAAAGAGCUAAAUGGUGGGGAUUGACUCCAAUGGGUAGAGAAUGUGAAACUGAUGAAUUGGUUGGGGCAUAUCUUUAUUUGGCUAGUGAUGCUUCCAGUUUUACUACUGGUUCUGAUAUUAGAGUUGAUGGUGGUUAUUGUAGUGUUUAG